AUGGCUGAUCAUCACCUUCUAUAUGAGCAAAUUUGUCAGGCUUACGAAAGAAUUAAAGAGUUUAUACGUUGUACUCCAUUAGAGCGAUCGUAUCCGUUAACAGAAGGCACUUCUGGCCAAGUAUUCAUUAAAUUAGAAAGUGAACAACUAACUGGUGCUUUUAAAAUCCGCGGAGCGUUCAAUAAAUGUAUGCUUCUAAAAGAGCGAGCAGCUGCUUCUGGACAGCAAGUACAAGUUGUUACUGCUUCGACCGGAAAUCAUGCGAUGGCAUGUACUAUAGCUAUGAAGACAACGCAGAUAUCUGGCAAGAUUUUCGUACCAAAUAAUGCUAGCCAAGCAAAAUUGAGAAUGAUCAAUUUGAUGGGAGGAUCUGUUCACCAUUACGGUGAUGACUGUUUUGAGACAGAGAAACGGGCACGUCAAGAGGCAUUGGAUAAUAAUUCGAUCUAUAUUUCGCCUUAUAAUGAUUUAGAAAUAGUAGCAGGUCAAGGAACGAUAGGAGUGGAAAUUCUUAAGCAGCUACCGGAAGUGGAUGUUGUUAUGGGUUGUGUUGGAGGUGGUGGAAUGCUGGGAGGUAUUUCUGCUUAUUUAAAAGCAGCUAAGCCUUCUAUAAAGAUUAUUGGUUGUUCUCCAGCAAAUUCUGCCGCUAUGUACCAUUCGAUCCGAGCUGGGAAAGUCAUAGAUAUUGAGAAUAAAGAAACAUUAUCCGAUGGAUCUGCUGGCUCUAUUGAAGAAGAAGCGGUUACUUUUGAGAUAUGUAGAAAAUAUAUUGAUGAAUGGGUGUUGGUGACUGAAGAAGAAAUUGCUGAUGCUAUAUAUUUUAUGAUGGAACAACAUCAUAAGAUUAUUGAAGGCUCUGCAGGCGUUCCUAUUGCCGCUUAUUGUAAAAUGAAAGAGCGUUGGAUAAAAUGA